AUGUCUUCGUUCUCUCCACAUGAUGAAUCUCUGUCAAAAGUCACAUCGUUACCGAAAGGAAAAAGUAACAAUAGCGCCUCAGAGUCGCCACUACUAGGUGAUUCAAACGUAUCAUAUUCGGAGUCCUCGGUGUAUGAAUUGCCUUUGAACAAAGUAACGAAGCUCAUCUCCGCCACCGCCAGGAAAUUGAGAUUAUCCGGUCCCGAACUUGUUGUACUUUGUAUAUAUCCAACGAUUAUGAUGGUUGGUCAAGUUAUGCAUUUGGUAAGGACUUUGUUUUUGAGUGGGAAUGAACUAGAAAAUGACUGGUUGCUCCACAAGAACUACUUUACGCAGAAGCGUAAUAUCAUCAACGUAAUUUUCGUCAAGCAAGGAUGGGGCUGGACCAGUGCAGUAUACUUUUACCUUAUCGGCAGUUGGGUCCUUUUGAAAAUUAGUCCAUUAUCUCCGAAACUGGCAGAUGGUAAAAGUUGCAUACCCGUUAGGAAGGUUAGUGGAAGCAUUUUACGUUACUUGAUGGCCACAUUGUGGUGGGUUUUCUUCACCCAAUGGUUUUUUGGCCGGCCUUUGAUGGACCGGGUGUUCCUUGCUACUGGAGGUAAAUGUACUAGUAUUGCCCACUCUGAGAGGUUAUUGAACUACAUUGAUAGAAAUCCUGACUUGAAAAAUGAAUUAAGGAAGAUUGAAAUCGACUCUGGCAGCUACUUAGGUCCUGGUCCAUUGGUCCCUAACAGCGAUGGUAUUAGUGAUUCAGAUGUGGAUGCUUAUGAGGCUAAGAUAUCCUCUGCUAUAUGUCGAAGAGUCGGCGGUAAUUGGAAAGGUGGUCAUGAUCCAAGUGGUCAUUGUUUCUUGCUUGUUCAUGCGUCGCUUUUCCUCUGGUUUGAACUUUUACCUCUUUCGGUGCUUCAAAUUCGGAAAUUGUAUGAAACUAACCACAUUUUCCAUCAACUUGUCAAUAGUAGUGAGCUUCUCGAAGUUCUUGUCUGCAAAUGGUCAUUUGAUCUUGACUUUGCUACCUUCAGAAACAAGGCCCAGCUGAUGCCUGCUCAUCGUCCAAGUGGAAGAGGUAAGAUUAUGGAAAUCUUGGCGUUCUUGGGCACUCCUCCGGUGGUGACUUGGAUGUUAUUAGGAUUAUGGUCCUGGAUGCUUCUAAUAACUACCAUUUAUUUCCAUUCUUUACCAGAAUUAAUCGGUGGGUUUGCGGCUGGGUAUUUUGAGAUUGUGACAGCCAUUUAUAUGUCGAGAUUUUGUGGUCAAUGA